AAUGGCGGCUUCGGCGUGGUAGGCGCAACUUCCGGUUCCCUUGUUUUCAACAGCUUCCGGCGAAGUGCGGAAGAACAUAUCACGGUCUAAGUUCUCGGAGGAUCCUCCCUCCGCGUUCCCCCUGAGAUGUCCACUCUGGCGGCUGCCAGCUGUGACUCCGAAUCCUCGGAGAAACCAGCGGAGAAGAAGCCGCUGAAGCCGUGCUGCGCAUGCCCGGAGACGAAGAAAGCCCGGGAUGCCUGCAUUAUUGAGAAAGGAGAAGAACACUGUGGACAUCUAAUUGAAGCUCACAAGGAGUGUAUGAGAGCCCUGGGUUUUAAAAUAUGAAUGAAAGAAGAAAUGUGAAUAUAUAUGAUGAGUGUGAGGUUGCUGAUGUUGGAAGAAUAGUUCCUAAGGAAUGAAUAAUAUUAAAUUAUUUGGGGGCUUCUUUGAGGAAGAAAAUUCCUAUGCGUAAAUAUUUAUAAUUUCCUUUCAAAAUAAAAUAUAUCUACACAUCUGGUAAAA